CAAAAUGGUGGGCGCACUCUCAAAAAUGAAAAACCCGCAUCCUAAAGCUAAACGAAAUCAAAUCUAAAACCCUUUUCAGUUUGGAUCCAAGAAUUUAGAGCAAACAUCGCCCGCUCACUCGAAUUUUUUCAAACACUCGGUGGCGAUGGCGGUUCUUAUUAGCUAUCCCCUAUCUUCUAGCUUAUAUACUCCAACCCUUUUGCCCAAGCAACUCACACUCACAGUCAGAACAAUUCGAUCAAUCUCUUUCUUUUCCUCUGUGUAGUUUUCUUGGAGUCCAUUUCUGGUACUCUACAAUGGCUGCCCAAGAAAACUGCACGAGAGUCACCCGCCUGGCGGCGAAGAAGAGAGCUGCGGAGGAGGCAAUGCAGCAGCUGCAACCGCAGCAGAACAAGAAGAAGAGAGUGGUGUUGGGGGAGAUUCAGAAUGUUUUGCCUUCAGGAGACGUGGGUUUGGGUAAAAAUCAGAAGCUUGGUGUUGAGAAUGAGAAGCAGAAACUUAAGUCCAAGAGGAAUGUGAGAAAAGGGAAAGUGACUGUGAAGGAAACGGAGAAUACGAAGGAGGAAAAGGAUUCUGGUAUUGAUCUGGAUAUGAAAUCUGAUGACCCACAGAUGUGUGGAGCUUAUGUUUCUGAUAUAUAUGAAUAUCUUCAUAAUAUGGAGAUGGAGGCCAAGAGAAGGCCAUUGCCAGAUUACUUGGAGAAAGUUCAGAAAGAUGUGACCGCGAACAUGAGAGGAAUUUUAAUAGAUUGGCUAGUUGAGGUUGCAGAGGAGUACAAGCUUCUUUCAGAUACAUUGUAUUUAACAGUUUCCUACAUCGACAGAUUCUUGUCCGUGAAUGCUAUCAAUAGACAAAGGCUUCAGCUUCUUGGUGUUUCCUCAAUGCUCAUUGCCUCGAAAUAUGAGGAGAUCAGUCCUCCACAUGUGGAAGACUUCUGUUACAUCACAGAUAACACAUACACUAUGGAAGAUGUGGUAAAGAUGGAGGCUGAUGUGCUCAAAUCCCUUAAGUUUGAAAUGGGCAAUCCUACGAUGAAGACGUUUCUCAGAAAGUUCACCCAGAUUGCUCAAGAAGAUUAUGAGAGUUCCAGUGAGCAGUUGGAGUUCUUGGGUGGCUAUCUAGCAGAGUUAAGUUUGCUGGAUUAUGGAUGUGUGAAAUUCUUGCCUUCUUUGGUAGCCGCAUCAGUCAUAUUCCUGUCAAGAUUUACGCUCCAACCUCAGUUACAUCCUUGGAAUUCAGCUUUACAACGUCAUUCAGGAUACGAAGCUGCUGAUCUGAAAGAAUGCGUGUGUAUCCUUCAUGACUUGCAAAUGAGUCGAAGAGGAAGUGCUUUGGUUGCUGUGAGGGAGAAAUACAAGCAACAAAAGUUCAAAUGCGUCUCAACACUUUCAACACCUUCAGAAGUACCAGAGUCCUUUUUUGAAGACAUCAAAUCACGGAUUAGGCCAAGUACUUGAAGCCUUCAAAUUGCUGGAAAUGUAUAUAAAACUUCGCCUUAGAUAUCUGCCACUGCUGACACUGUCAAUGAAAUGCGGGCUUGUGUAGCUUUCCUGCUGGAUCGAUCUUCGUAAGAGCUCCGUUUUUGAGCAGUUUUGCAUCCAUUUGAAACAAGUGAUUAUAUUAGUAGAACGAUAGACAUUACUAACAUAGGCAACUACAGGUUUUCUGGAGAUUUCCUCUGUAGUCCAUAGUACUAGAAAGUUUUCAUAUAUUGCUCAAGUCGUCGAUUUCUGUUGACCUAAUUCAAAAGGUCUCACUAAAUUUUGUUUUCUUGAUACAUUAUUCCUAUAUUGGUUCCUGGUAUGAGUCUUGUGCUUCUAUGUAUAUGCCGAAUUGUUUGCA